AUGUCUUCUCAACAACCGCAUGAUGACUUCAGCGCUGAUCUGAUUUUGGUCUAUGCAGACGAUAACAAAAGUUCAGUCAAAAUUAUUGAUGAUGGUGAUGAAACAUCUCCAAUUGUUCCCUUCAUGUAUCUAGGGCCUCAUUUCUCAGCGGAACGAGACUCAGAUUACCUUCGGAAUUCAAAAAGCAUCACACACAUUCUAAACGUGACAAAAGAAAUUUCGUGCAAACAUAAAGACUCGCUCACUACCAUUCAAAUUCUGAUCGAUGACAAUCCCAAUGAAGCACUCGAACACCACAUACCUCAAGCUCUUCAAUUUAUAAAUGAUUGUAUGAAAGAAAAAGGAACUAUUCUCGUGCAUUGUCAAGCUGGUAUUUCACGAUCUUCUUCAAUGGUCAUUGCUUUUGUGAUGAACUGUUUACGGAUGAAUUUACAUGAUGCGUAUCAUUACGUCAAGAAGAGAAGAAGUUGUAUCUCACCAAACGUUGGAUUUAUUUCAAAAUUAGCAAAUUACGAAAUACAAAUAUUGGGUGUGAAUAAGUCAUCGUUAGAUUUGCAAGAUUAUUACGCCACAUGGAUUCUUGAAUUUUUUCCAUCGGUAAUGACUAAGGAAAGAAUUAAAGAAAUUAUUGAAGAAAAGGGAGAUUUUGAUGAGGCAUUAGAUUGCAUUCUCAGUUCCAGUUUCUAA